UUCGACCACACUGUUACCCGCCGUUACCCGCCGCAGGGCCGUUUUCUUAGCAAUUGCUCUUCCAGUUCUCCACCGCAUGCAAGUGACGAUUUCAUCGAAGCGCCUGUCUUCUUUUAUGACAUGGACUACGACCUCAAAGAUUUAAAUACCGCCCUCAAAGGAGCUGAGUUCCUUCAAGACUCCGGCUACCAGUCAGUGCUGGAACGAUCUGCUCAUCCGUUCUCAGCCAGUAUCGUCGAGGAUAUCAUCAGUGAAACUAGCGAUGCUGCCAACGACGAGGACUGGGAUGGCUUCCUAACGGUCGGAGAGGAUCGGGUCCGAAUCAAAGACAUGUCAGAUAUUCUAGCCUCUCGCUACGCGUUUCUCACUGGGGCUCGAACGAACGAGGGCAUGUCGAUCGUGACGUUCCCGGACUCACGAACUGUAUUGUCAUUCGAGGACUAUCAAACACUCAUAACCUACUUACUACAAGUCCCACCAUUAGAAGACAGCCAUAAAGGUUUUGUGGUCAUUGUAGACCGACGCAACGAUAAAUGGUCUUCUGUCAGGACACUUUUUUUGCAAAUAACGUCGUUUUUCCCUGGAACAAUUCGAGUGUUGUUCCUGUUGAAGCCGGAGGGAGUUCUGCAGCGAGCGCUGGAAGUAGGAUAUCGCGCCAUCUCUGAAAACUGCUCCUUCAAGGUGAUUACUUGCGACUCUUCGGUCGAAUUGCGGCGCUUUCUAAGGGCGGAGCAGCUGACCAUGGAUAUCGGUGGUUUGAUAAAGUACAAUCACCUGGAGUGGGUGCAGCAUAGGAUGGAUAUCGAGCGCAUGAAGUCCUCUGCAUCAGCUAUCGCCCAGUCUUUGAGUGAUUUUGGACGUGUUCUGCGUGAGACGGAACUGCCAAACGAUGUCGAGACUACUGCAAGGAUAUUACAGAUUCAGACGGCUGAAAGAGACGCCAUAAAGGAGGACUUUCGAAUAUCCGUGCGAAAGGGAUUGUCGCUGCUGCGCGCUGUGCGUCAGAUCGAGUCGAAACCCAAACACGAACUCCUCAGUCCAACCAGGUUACACAACGUGACGGCUAUCGAGCGCAUGCUCGUCCAGCUAGGUUUGUUUCCAGAUUCAUUCGUGCGCUCUUCUGUUCGUGUAAAUUAUUUCCUC